AUGUCUUUCUCACAUUAUCAUUCACAAAUGAAUGGUAUACAGAACAUGGAUGGGGAGUUUGAGUCAGACAGUCUUGAUAUGUUCAUUGACUGGAAUGACGACAACUUUCAGCCUACAUUCUUACAGUCCGACUGGAAUGACGACAACUUUCAACCCACAUUCUUACAGUCCGACAGUCCCCACACUGCUUUUCAAAAUACUGAGGAGACAAUCACUGAGUUGCCUGCUGUUCCUACACCUGCCGUUGCAGAGUCAAUGGUUGAAAUCACCAACCUCACCUCUGGGUCCUAUCAGGGAUCCUCAAGUGCCUCGGCUCUCACUUUUGUUCCUAAUCCGCUGCAAAAUCCAUGUGUUCAAGGUUUGAUACCAAACAGAACUGUAGAUAACAAUAGCAAUGGUAUCCAAAUGAACCAAUCAUUCUCUCAUCCAGGAUUGGUCCACCCAAACCCUGGACAGCCAAGGCCAGGGAAUGAGGAAACACAUGGGUUUCCCAGUUACAAUGAUAUCAGUAACUCUCAUGCUGCGGAGAGUUCUAGGUGGCCCCAGUCAUUCACUCCCGUUCAGAAUCAAAUAGGUCAUGCGUCUGAACUGGAGCAGAUUCUUGAUGCACUGUCUCAACCUCCUAUGAGGCCUGUGUACCCAAUGUGCCCUAGGUUGGAACCAUACUCGGAUCUUGAGCUGGGUUUUGUAAUAAUGCCAACAAACCCUUAUCAUCGGGGUUGUAGACCUGUGCUGCCUGAUCCUGCGUCCUCAAUUGCUAAUUAUGGUCAACAAUCUAGCCUAUUUGCCACAACUAGCAAUUCCUUUGGAUCCCGAUCUUCAGUGCCUCCUAUGUCCCACGGUGUGCCGAAUCAGAUCAUGAGCGCCAAUAACACUAGUUCCCAGGCACUUAUUUCUAGGCUGCUGGGCCAUACAAGUUCAAGGACCCAAGGGACCAGGGAGGCUGAGAUUGCUCCCGUUUUAAGGAACCAACCUUCCGAGGCUAUUCGAAGGAUUCUAAAUAUGAAUCCUACACGGACGGUUACUCGGAAUUUUCCCAGCAUCACCAGUGAACAAGGCGGGAGCAUUCCAACAGCAAGGGUACGUUAUGAACCACCAUACUCAGGUCGUCCUCCAAAACGUCGUGAUGCUGAAGGAUCAUCUUCUCAACGUGGAAAGGUUUCCACCGGUGGAACAACCGGUACAUCCCAGAGAGCGCAAAGGCCUCAAGGCGGUGUCGUCAUCAGAGACCUAAGCGCUGUACCCAACCCCCCCUCUGCUCCACGAGGCAAGGUCAACCCCUUGACCCCCAUCUCAGAUUAUUCAAACCACCGCCAGGGAAUUGAUGUGCCACAUCAUCCUGAACGAAGUGUCAAGUACAAGAAAUUCUCAAGAGUAUAG